UAGCGCGCGCGUCCGAGAAGAUUACAACCCCCCCCCCCACACCUCCCAUCGUCCAUAUGGACAGAACGUUCAAAAUUGUUGAGGGGCGGGGCCUCGGGUGGUCUUCAUCGUUGCUAAGGGCAACCAAGGGAGCCAUCCCAUGCGUGUGCAAGUAGGGCUUGCCCAUGUCCUGCUGUACGACCCCUCGCACCCAUUGAGAGACACAUGAAGGCGGGAGGGAGGGAGGGAGGGAGGCAGGGAGAGGGGCACAGACGUGUAAGAGGGGAGGGAGGAGGGGGGCAGCGGCAGAGAGAGAGAGAGAGAGAGAGAGAGAGAGAGAGAGAGAGAGAGGACGUCUGGGCGGAUUUGGCGCCGGUGGCGUCUUUGGCAGUCCAACACACACCAAGCUGCUUAUUAGCGAGCGAGCUCCCAAACGGAUUUAUGCGCACGGAAAGCAGGAGUCCCAAGGAUUAGUAGGAUGCUGAGUACCUUCCCUCCACGCCAGCCUUCUCCACCCUGCUUUCCAUGAGCGGAGAGCGCCAGCGAACGGGAGGAACCGAUCACUAGAGACAGCGAGGAAGAGGAGAGGGCCCAAGGCCGGGGAAGGAAGGACUUUUCUUUGUUGUUGUUUUCCUUUUGCGGUUGCAGUCGGUUUCCACAUUGGGAAAUGGCAGCAACGGAAGCCAGCGCGCCGCCCGCGGUCCAGGAAGAUGGCAAGAACCCGGAGGGCAAGCAGACAGAGGCCGAAGAACCCGCCCAGAAAUCGGAGACCGUCAACAGCGAGGCGGCGGACAAAGACCGCGCUUCGGUCAACAGCGACGUCAUCCCGACCAAAGACGGCGUCCGUCACGACGCGCCGGUUGAGGCGGCGGCGGCGGCGGGCGGCGAAGACGAGGCCGCGGCGGUCGGCGACGAGGCGGAAGCCGCCCGCAUCUCGGAGAAUCACGAGCACAAGACCUCCUUCCUGGACUCCUUCCUGAACAAGAGCGGGCUGGGCAAGGUGAUGUCGGGACGAAAAAAGAAAGAGGCCGCCGCGGGAGCCGGCUCAGAGGACGGCGCCGCCGAAGGCGCCGAGAAAGACCGAGAGAAAACCGCAGACGAACCGGCGCCCGCCGCCAGGGGGGCGGCGGGCGAAGGAGCGAGCGAGGCGGAGGCCGCCGCCGACGAAGCGCCGGAAAACGGAGACGAGGACGACGAGAAGAAGUGCAAAGAAUCCAAGUCUUCCGUUCGAGAUCUGAUCAGGAAGCCGGUGGCCAAGAUCUUCUCCCAUCGGAGCGCGGACAAGAAGGACGGCAACGCCCCGGAACCUCCCAAACAAGUCAAGGUCCGCUCCAAGUCCCUGGACCGCCUGGAGGACGCCCAAGCGCUCCGCGGGGCCGCCGAGGAGGCCGCCGAGGAGGCGGGAGGCGCCGAGGAGGCGGGAGGCGCCGAGACGGACCCGAAAGCCUCAUCGUCUUCGUCGACCGCCACGAAGCACAUGAAGCGCUGGCACUCCUUCAAGAAGCUCAUGGCUCAGAAAACGCACAAAAGGAGCGGCGGCGGCGGCGGCGGCGCCGAAGACGGCGGCGACGGGGAAGGAGGCGGAGACUCCUCCACGUUGGAUUCCAAGGAGUCGGGCCAGAAGAGGUGGAAACUCAAGCGCUCGUGGACAUUCCAGGGCCUCAAGAGAGACCCGUCCAUGGCGGGCAUCAGCGGCAAGGCCAAGAGCUCCGACAAGGACUCGGCCGACAAGCCGGAGGAGGCGCGGGACGCCGAUGAAGGCGGCGAGGAGGACGGGGCCGACGGAGGCCACGACGAGGCGGAGGCGAGCGAGGACGACAAGGCCGGCGGGGGAGCCGCCGUCACGCAGCACGCCAACGACAUCUGGACCUCCUUCAAGAAGCGCGUCAUCCCCAAGUCCAAGCGCGCCAACACGGAGUGCCACCCCGGCGGGGACCAGGACGCCGCCGCCGCCUCAGGCGAGGACGGCGCCGCGGAGGACGGAAAAGACGGAAAGUCCGCCAGGGCCAAGCGUUCCCACUUUGGCCGGGCCGUCUCCCUCAAGAACUUCAUCCUGCGCAAAGGCAAGUCCGCCAGCAUGGACGCCGGCGAUGCCGCCAAGGAGGACGAGGACGAGGCCGCCGCCGCCGCCGCCGCCGCCCAGGCGGGAGACGGCGAAGGAGACCUUCGAGGAGACGGCAAAGUCGACGUCGAAGCCGCCGGCGGAGAAACCGGCGACGACCGGGGCGUCCGGCGGCAGGAAGGCGAGCCCGAGGCGCAGACCGCGCCCGCUCACCCUCCCGUCACCAACGGCGACAACGGCUGCCAGAACGGAACGGCCGAGGACGACGGCCGCAAUCACCGAGAGCUCGACGACGGCAACAACCGCAGCCCCGUGACGAAGAGCAAGGAGCCGGCCGCAGCCAAGGAGGAGACCAACGCCAAGGUCCUCAACGCCGCGGCGCCGCCCGUCAACAGCGACCAAAAGGCGGGAAGCGCGUGAGGCCGCACAAAGAGGAUUAGAACUUCGCUGAGCAAGGAGCUCUGAGCACCCUCGCCCCUCACUCCCAACCACAGCCACCCACCACGACACCCAAAUCCUCGUUCGUUGCCACCUCCCCCCCCCCCUCACACCCCCCCCCACACCUAAAAGGAGUUAUCACAGGUCACCACGGUGACAAAGAGCGAGCGACUGGGAGAGUUGAUGUUGAUGUAGAUGGCAAACCCA